UUAUAGGAUAUAAUCAUGUGUAAAGGAAUGUUAUGAUUAUCUAUUUUCGUAACUCCUGUCAACUUUUGCAGAGUAUAUUAAAAACUUUUUUUUUGAUCACAUACUAACAUUUCUGAUUUAUCAGGAAGAUUUUAAUAUUGUCUAUUACGAUAACAGAGUUUUGAUGAGUGUGUCUACUUUUAAAUGUAUUGAGCAGUUAAACUGUGAAUAUGUUGGCGAUCAAUUUUGUAGUUUAAUUGUGGUUAUAAUCCAUAAGAGUGAAAGCUGUUUUUUGGAACUAAGAUUAUCACACAAACCUUACAAGACUUGUGCCCUGAACCUAAUAAUUAGCAUUGCCAAUCUAGUUUUCCAGCUGGUUGUAGCAACUAGAUUAUUGAGUAGUUGGGUAAGAAGACAUCCAGAAGCACAGAAAAAACUGGCGUCUAGCACUUAUAUCAUCAUGAGUUGGACGAACAAAAUGCCACUGAUAGUACGGAUUCUAUUUUUCUCUGUCUGGAUGUUCAUUAACUGCCGUAGUCAAACUACUGCCUACCAAAAUGUGACAGCCUCCAAGAAGCCGCCCCCUUGUCCGAGUGAGGUGUUCUGCCAUGGAAAGCUACUUCAUACAGUUCAGAUGGCUUCAAUUUAUGUCGACUCAAAAACAUUCGUAGAUAUGAAGAUGCGUCAACCAACAGCUCAAACUCUAGCCUUAUUUAAAGAGCUGAUGGAUCAAACAGGAGGUUUACCAACACGCAGCCAAAUUGAUCAAUUUGUCAAUAAUGCGUUUGAGAAAGCUGGCUCAGAAUUUACUGUCUUUGAUCCGCAGGACUGGGUGGCGCAGCCAAACUUUUUGAAGAAGGUUCGUGAUCCAGGCUUACGAAAAUUCGGUCAGGAUCUCAAUCAUAUAUGGAAGUUACUAGGACGCAAGAUGAAAGACGAAGUGCGUCAGAAUAGUGAGCUCUACUCCAUAAUUUCUAUAGAUAACCCAGUUAUUGUACCAGGUGGUCGAUUCCGAGAGUUUUACUAUUGGGACUCAUAUUGGAUCAUCAAGGGACUGCUACAUUCGCAGAUGCACGUAACAGUCCGUGGAAUGUUGGACAAUUUCGUAUCAAUCGUUAAACGGUACGGCUUUAUUCCGAAUGGGGGUCGCAUUUACUACACGAUGCGCAGUCAGCCUCCAAUGCUUAUACUCAUGGUGCACGAGUAUCUCCGUCACACUAAUGACUACAAGUGGUUAGAGCAAAAUCUUUGGGCCCUUGAAAAAGAGUUUGAUUUUUGGAUGACUAAACGCACUGUUGAAGUAAAAAAAAAAGGCGUUAUCUAUACCCUUGCUCGGUAUUACGAUGAGUCUUCAGGUCCUCGGCCCGAAUCUUACAAGGAAGACUACUUGACGAGCCAAAGUUUUCGGACCCUGGAGGAGAAAGACAACUAUUAUGCAGAGUUAAAGACUGCGGCAGAGACGGGCUGGGAUUUUUCAAGUCGAUGGUUUAUUCUCAAUGGCACAAACAAAGGCAAUCUGACGAACCUUAAGACUCGCUUUAUCAUUCCUGUGGACCUAAAUGCACUCAUUUACAAGAAUGCGGUGUUGCUGGCACAGUAUAACUUGCACUUUGGUAACAAGACCAAUAUGGAUAACUACAACCGUCGUGCGACUGAAUGGGAGCAAGCAGUUACCGCUAUUCUUUGGCAUGACGAAGUUGGUGCCUGGCUUGAUUAUGACAUGUUGAACAACCUAAAACGUGAUUACUUUUAUCCCACAAACGUUCUGCCUUUAUGGACGGGCUGCUACAAUUCUCAACGGCGUGAAGAACACAUUUCCAAAGCCCUUAAAUACCUCGAUAAAAACAAUAUCAUGGAGAAUCAUGGUGGUAUUCCCGCCACCCUUGAACACUCUGGUGAGCAGUGGGAUUAUCCUAAUGCAUGGCCCCCUCUUCAAGACUUUAUAAUUAUGUCACUUGAUAACACCAAUGACUCCUGGGCCAAGCAACUGGCAUAUGACCUUAGCAAGAUCUGGGUGCGUAGUAACUACAAAGCUUUCAACAAAACGAACAGCAUGUAUGAAAAGUACGAUGCGACGGUGCUAGGUGGUUAUGGAAGUGGUGGCGAGUAUGAGGUACAGUUGGGGUUUGGAUGGUCUAAUGGUCUUAUCAUUGACUUGCUAGAUAAGUACGGUGACCGGCUUACUAUUGAAGAUAGUUUUCUAGCUUCCAAUACAACAAUGACGCGCAAUCAAGCUAGCCUGGUGGCGAUGGUCUCGACAUCUGGUCAACUUGUGACUGGUGUCUGCGCCCUCAUCAUAUCUCUGGCUGCGGGUUUCAUUGGGUGAGAUACUAUUGGCUUCGGAAUAAUUUCAAGCAUCUGAUUGUUUAAGUAGUUUAUCAUACAAGGAGCUUAUUUGUACAGCUAUUUAUUAUAGGAACCUUCAAUAUACCUCUAGUAGUGUGUCUGUCAUUUGCACAAAAUUUUUUCUUUAUUUUCUGUCUAAAAAAUAAGAAAUACACUUUUUGAGGAAAUUACAAAAGAAAAAUCUUUACAAAAAAACUGUUCAGCCUUGCUAUACAACACUUAUGUUAAGCACCCUUUUUAUUCUCAAUCUAUGUGCUCCAUUCACAUUUAGUGCUUAAUGGCCUUCAUACAGCGAAAGAAAAGCAUGUUAAAAAACUUUUAAAUUAGAGACUAUAUGCCAAAAGUAUUCAUUCAGAGCUUAUUCAUAUUCAAAGCUGGUGUCUUAACGGACAGAAAUAGAAACACUUCUUUCUUGGCCUUCUAUUAACAAUCAUAUGAAACCGUCAAGUAUCUGAAACAUAAAAUUUUUUAGUUGCAACAUUCCUUCGAGAGAUUUUAUUCGUCCUAGGUAUGAUAACUUUUUUUUAUAUACAAUAAAGUAAAAACAAAUGUUCAUCUCCAACAUUCCUAGGAAAAGAGUUAACUUUUCUGAUUACUUAAUGUUUUUUUGAUAAAUAAUAUUGUUUUGUUUCAAAUUUUCUUUCACAUUAUUUUCA